UCAAUCAUGUAAAAUUGACGUAACUAGAUUUAUCAUUAAACAAACUAUCAUAAUAUGCAACUCUUUUUAUUUAAAACAUCUUAUUUUAAUAGAUAUUGUUAGUCAAAAUAGCAUCUCGAAGAUUGUGCCAAGUCUAAAAAUAUUUAUAUUUUAGGACGGGGGGAGUAAAAUACUCCUACAUCAUCAAAUCUCAAUGCAUUCACGAAUUUCACAAAUUCCGAUGUAAUUGUUACUUAAAAAACCUUAUUUUGGGAUAAAUGGGAGGAUCCAAAAAUAAGAUUAUUAUAGAAUUGAGGGAGUAUUUUUCAGAGAAAAUUCAGCAUGAAAGUUUUUUUUAAAGUUGUUUUGGACUUAGUACGAUGAUGAAUUAAUAGAAUUUUAUGUUUCAGUGGUUACAAACUGCUAGUAGAAUAUAGAAAUAGGUAAUGCAAUUCCCUGGAGAAGUCUAUUUUUUUUGACAUUUAGAAAAUGCUAAGUUGCUGACACAAAUGAAAAGAAAUGAGAAAUAUGUUGAUCUGAGCCACUAAGGCACCACCAAUCCGGCACUAAGUCCAUUACCUGACGCCUCUUCAAUCUCUUCAUGCUCUCCACUACUCCACCCAAAGUCAAAACCCCUUUUCUUUUAAGCGCGCGCCACCGCCACCCCCGUCGAUCAAUUCAUGCACCACGUAGAACACGAUCAUGCCCACCAUGCAGAUGCAUCCGCGCGACGAUGAUCUCGACCUCGCCGCCGGCGAAGCGGCGGCGCCGGUGAAGAGCGGUGACGGCGGCGAGACGCCGACGAUGGGCGCCGCCAUGGACAAGGAGAGGCAGAUACCAGUGGACCCCGUGUCGCUGCGCCACCUGGGCAUGGUGGCCGACGAGGACUCGCCGCUGUCGGCGCCGUCCGUGCUCACGGAGGUGGUGGUGCGGUCGUCGUCGCCGAUGCUGCCGCCGCUCCGGCGGCCCACCUUCGUCGCCGCCAGCCUCCCGUGCUCGGCGACCUCCUCCCCGGUCCACGGCGCCGCCGAGACCGACAAACCCGCAGCGGCGACGCCCAGCCCCACGGCGGCGAUGCGCGCCCUCGCGCGGCAGCACUCCGUCGCGCUCGCCCACUACGUCGCCGCGCCGGGCGCCGCCGCCCCGGCGCUGGCGCGGAGCGCGUCCCGCGCCGAGGGGAGGUCCAUGGUGCCGCACGACGACGAGGGCGACGCCGAGGCGCCCAAGGCGAUCGCCGCCGGUGAGGACGAGGGCUUCAACUGCGGCGCGCUGUGCAUGUUCAUCCCGGGCUUCUCCAAGAAGAAGUCCUCCGCGGCGGCGGCGGCGGCGGUGGUGUCGAGCAUGCAGAGGCAGCAGUCGGUCGGCGCGAGGCCGCGGCGGAGCAGCAGCGUGUCGCGGCUGGCGUCGCUGGAGAGGUUCGAGUGCGGGUCGUGGAGCCCGCCGCCACCGAUGGCGCCGGCGGAGCACUUGGCGCAGGAGGUGGCGAAGAGCAGCUGCGCCGACGACACGGAGGCGCCGGUGAAGAUGGCGUUCGUGUUCGACCACGGCGAGCCGAGGGGGAUCCUCAAGAAGUCGGCGUCGUCGCGGCAGGAGCCGGCGAGGCCGUCGGCGUCGUCGUCGCAGCGGCACGUGAGGUUCUCGACGGCGGCGGCUGCUGCGGCGGCGUCGUGCCCGACCUCGCCGUGCGUGACGCCGCGGCUGGCGAGGGCGAGGGCGGAGUUCAACGCCUUCCUCGAGGCGGCGCAGAGCGCGUAGCUUCGCCGUUCUCGGGGCGCGCGACGCGCGCACGACGCCGCGCGCGCAGCUCGCGGUUGGGCAGGAGGAUUUUGUUUCCUGGCCAUUGUCGUAUUGCCCAUGUCGACCAAUGUUUGAUUCUGUUUUCGUGACUGCGCAUUCCAAAGAGUGCCAAACCAUUGUUCCAUAGAGGAAAAAAAAUUAAGUAUCAUUUUGGAAUAGAGUUUGGGAUGAUUUUGAGCUUAAAAAAACAGUUGUUGUGACUUUAACCUUUAGAUUGAUUGCCAAAAGAUGUGGGGUAUAACUAUAAUCGUAAACUCAAUA